AUCAAACAAGAGCGCCAGUUGGUGGAAAGCGUGCGCGAAGUGAGGUUGUUGACGGGGGUGCGGCUACAUUUUACACUCUUCUAACUUAAGUAACUUGUGUCGCUCGCCGCCAACAUGCCAAUACUCGGCAGCUGUUGCAUCUGUGUGGACCUGAAGGUCGGCACGAAGAUCAUCGGAAUCUUGAACCUGAUCGGUGCCAUCUUCAGCUCCCUAUCCACGGCGAUCAGCUUGGUGAUGGUGAUGUUCUUGGACGCCGGAGUGAGCACCGCCAAGGUUAUAAAUGAGAUCCACCGCUCCAGACUAAACGAGAACGAUGACUACGUGGACACUCAGGACCAGCCCAAGCAGAUCAUGGAGCUUGUGCAGGAACAUCUGAGCUACGUCAAGGUCGCUCUGUACGUGAUGCUGGCGUUGGCUCUACUUUUGAUCAUUACAAGCUCCAUGUUGAUCCACGGCGUUCGAAGGGAUCGCCGUGGCCUGCUGCUGCCCUUCAUCGUUCAGCAGGUGGUGAACAUCGUGGUAUUCGUGACUCUGGAUAUCAUAGUACUCGUGAUAUUCGGCGCCCACAAGGUGAUCAUCAGCAGCGUGCUAUCCAUGCUGGUGGGCUGCCUCAUCCAGCUCUACCUGGUGCUGGUGGUCGUGUCGCAGUACCAGGCUCUCGGGCUGAUCCGCAUGCAUGAAGAGAUUAGCAUGAAAUGAGGAGGAGGAGGAGAUUAGCAUGAAGUGAGGGGAAGGGGUAGGUGGAGAAGAAGGAGCCUGAAGGUACAGCGCGGAGUAAGGCUCUACAGACUCUUGUACUUGGUGGAUACGACACCUUUUUGUAGGUCACUCUUGUCUCUCAAAGAUUUUUUGAUACCGUUUUGUUUUCAUCGUGUCCCUCCUGGUUGGUAGGUGGUGGUAUAGAUGUUGGAUGUGGACAUUCUUUCUGCCAUUCAAACCAUGUUGUGUAAUGCAUUUGUACAUCUUUCCUUGCCGCAUUUAGGUGUUGUGAUGUAAGAUUCACCUGACAAGGAACCUAUAAUUUUGUUGUCGUGUCUAAUGUGUAUCUAGAUAUUUAACGAGAAAUGAAACUCUUUCAGAUUCUAGAAUAUAGACAGAUAUUUCCACGAAUCUUUAAAGUGUUAGAAGGUAUCUUUUACAGUAUUUCAAUAUUUGCUUGACUGUUACUGAGUUUACAGUUUUACAGUACGUACUUAUUAUAUAGUUUUCUUCAUAAGAAUUAUAUGAUCUGAGUAGUAUGUAGUAUGAAAUUUGGCGGUCCUAUAUUUAGAAAGUUUACAUUCAUCCAAGGUGUGUGUGUGUGUGUGUGUGUGUGUGUGUGUGUGUGUGUGUGUGUGGGCGGGAUCGAGCACUGCCAGAGUCGCCUCAGGGCCGCCUCCGUGCCGACCUACCGUCUGGAGUCAAGUGUUGCAUUUACACCUCAGUGUCUUGGUAAUAACUUAGGCAACGGCCACUUCUGCUGUUGGCUGAUCUGCUAAUUAGUGUUUGAUACAAUUAAUGUUAAUGUUUACCAUGAUUCAGUAAUAGAUGUUGUAUAUUCAUAUUACUUGAAGAGUUGGCAUGUCCAAAUGUAACACCUAAUGUCAAACUAUUUUUCUUGUGUGUAUGUGUGUGUGUGUAUAUAUAUAUAUAUAUAUAUAUAUAUAUAUAUAUAUAUAUAUAUAUAUAUAUAUAUAUAUAUAUAUAUAUAUAUAUAUAUAUAUAUAUAUAUAUAUA